AUGGUUAUUACAUAUGACAAGACAAAGGCAGAGUACGUAGUUUCUAAAUUUGUAGAAAGUCAUAACCAUCCAUUCAUAAUUGCUGAAUGGAGCCACAUGAUGCCGUCACAGCGACGAAUUUCCUCAGUCCAGGCCAUUGAUGUUGAGUUGGCUUCGGAUUCAAAAGUUUCAGCUUGUAAUGCAUAUGAGUUGAUGGGAAGGCAGUUUGAUGGCAAAGAAUCAGUUGGGUACUUGAAAGUGGAUCUUAAAAAUUAUCUAAGGACGCGAAGACAAAAGGAGCUUCUUUAUGGAGAGGCGUUUGGAGAUGUUAUCAGUUUCGACACAACGUACAAAGUGGUACACGGCAACAGACCAUUUGCAAUUUUCUUGGGUAUGAAUCAUUACCGGGAGAUAGCUGUGUUUGGAGCAGCCUUAAUGUAUGAUGAGAUAGCGGAUUCGUUUGUCUGGUUAUUUGAAACGUUCUUGAAAGUGAUGAGCAGAAAAGCGCCAAAGACGAUUAUUACGGAUCAAGAUGCUGUAAUGGCAAAGGCAUUAAAGCAGGUCAUGCCGGUGACGAAGCAUCAUUUAUGUGUUUGGCACUUAAUGAAUAAUGCGCAGAAGAACCUACUGUUUCUGUUUAAACGCGUUGAAGGAGUAAAGAAGGUUAUCUCAAAAUUAAUGUUCCAAAUUGAGGAGGAGGAUGAUUUUAUCAGGGAAUGGAAUUUAAUGAUUGCAGAGUAUGGUGUUGCUGGUAAUAAGUGGCUUUCCACUUUGUUAGAUUUAAGACAUAAAUGGGCACUAGCAUUUGUCAAACACGACUGGUCUGCAGGAAUGAGUAGCACGCAAUUGAGUGAAAGCUUCAAUGGUCAAUUGAAGUAUUACCUUUCCAGACAACUUAUUCUACCAGAAUUCUUUACACACUUUGACAGAUUGUUGUCCGACAAGCGGUACAAGGAGUAUGAAGCCGAGUAUGGCUUGGUGGAGAGGUAA